AUGAAUAAAGGAACUCUGGUCUACGAUGAUAGCCUGACAGCAGGUAAUGUAGCGGAUGACAUGACGACAAUACAGAGUGAUUCUGAUACCGAAGAAGAUGAAGGAGAUGAUUACGAUAAUGACGGUGAAAACGACAACAGCAAACUCGGUGAAGAUGGUGAACACGAAGAUAAAGGAACGACACCUCCAAUGCCAAACUGUUCACUACAGAUAUUGUUCACUGUCGCCAUGGAAAUUAGAAAGCUUCUGAAUGAAUGUAAAGGAGUAGAUUCUGAUUGGCCGCCCGACUCUCAUGACCUGACUUUAGC